CGCAGAGCUUUCGAAAGCGGUGACUUUGCACUAGUGUUUCGAAUAGGUUCCCCAAUAGCGUAUAUAAAGUGACAUUAACUAAUUUUCGUUCUAAUUUUUGUGAAACGUCUAUAUUUUUUUUUUCCAGUAUCGACACGCACAACAUGGACGUCUUCUCGAAGGUCGGUCUGUUCCCGAAAAAACACCACCGCUGCAUAUCGUUGGAAAGCGGCCAAUCAUCGACGAAAAAAUCAUGUCUGCAGAAAACGCCAUCAGACCCACCGAGAUUUUUUCCACGGCGGUACUCGACGCCAGAGCUGGCGAUGAGAAGACACGCGCUCAGGCAUCAACAACGCGACGACGGUGUCCCGCCCGGGCAACCGAUAUCGAACAAAUCGUGUCAGACCGACAUCUUGGGAUUGGACAAAUACUUGCAAAGGCCCACGGGUAAUGUGAGCCCGAGAAACGAUUCGGAUGCAAUCAGCUCGGAAGCAACGGUGGCGGCGUUGAGGGCGUACAAAAAGCCGUCGAAAAGGCCGAAAGUCCGGUCGGUGGCGGUACACUGCGAACGGCGGCGGCUAUCGUUCGCGGCGUUCAAAGGGUGCCAAAAGUUCAAGCACAUGUACAAGCGCAAGAUAUCGUUAUCUCAACCGUCGUCGGCGACCACCUCGACGGACGACGGUCGGCGCCGGAACAGCAACGUAUUGCCAAAACUGCGGCCGGAUCGGACGGCAGAAACGGAGAGACCGGUGGCCGCCAACAAGGUGAGCGUGGCCGUCAAACUGCCCAGGAUACCGACCAGGGACGCGCGACCGGAAACGGACAGACCCGACGACGGUGGUGGCGUAAGGACAAGACUGGCCAGACUGACCAGACCACAGUCGACGGGCAGUAGUGGUGACGGGAGUGGUGACCGGAAACUGGCGGCCGCGUACUUCCGGGCCAAAUCGGCUCCGAAAAUCUACUCGCCACGAUUUAAAGCCACAGCACCACAGUCGUCGGACCACGAACCACCACAAUCGACGGUUGAGACGAGCUACACGGCUGACACUACGCUCGACACAACGUUUAACCGACGACAGUCGGUCGACGCCACGUCCACGAUGACGGCCACUACGGCGGCCGGCACUAGGACCGUAUCAACGUCCACUACGUUCACCGAACCCGGUUUCCCGAUAGUGUUCAGUUGCGAGAGUGUUCUCCGGCACCCGUUGGAAGGGGGUUAUGUGUCACACACCGAGAGCCAUCGAUUCAGCGUGCACUACGUGUCGGCUGACGCCGCCAGCUCAUCGGUAACGGCCACUUCGGAUACUGAUCGAGAUAGCGGCCCAUCGUUGGUGUUUACGUCAGCUGGCGCGUGCCAAAACGAACGAUGCCUGACUGGCGAAUCCGUGUCCGUCACACUGGGCGGAAAACCGGAUAGCACGGCAGCGGCGUCCACGUCCACUACUGGUGUGACCGGCGAACGGCGUCUGGUCGUCGAACGUUGCGCCGACGUACAUAGGUCGAAUGACGACGUGGCGGCCGACCGUAGUGCAGGCGAUAUAGCAACCGACCACGGGACCACCGAGACGGCCAACAAACAAGGUACCACCGAUACGGCUACAGACCGAGGUACUAGCGAGAUGGCUGCUAACCGUCGAACCUGCAAAACGGCCACUGACAGCGGAACCUGCGAAAUGAUGACCGCUGAAGACGAUGAACAAAUCGGUAGUGAACCACCACCGUCACCACCAUCGCCGUCAUCAACUUCGUCUCCGUCGUCGACUUCUUCGGUUAGGUACUGUUGGCCGGUGGACGAAAACCACAAUCCAUCGAUCAACAUUGCGAAAACCCUGGGAAAUUCUAAAUUCGAUGUCGUACGGAAAACCGAAGAAUUUUACAUUUCGGUAAGAGGCGACGGUGCCAACGCGUUUGAAAAAGCUGCACCGCCGACGGCAGUCAAUAAAACUAUUGAUACUUUGGGUGUGGCCGGUGGGGGAGAGGAGGGCCAUGAGCUCGAAUUGCACGCACGCACGGACGAUGUUGACGACGGCAUGCCAUUACAAUCCGACGAACGAAAUUAUGAGCGGUUGACACAAAACAAUCAAAUAAUAGAAUCCAGCCGUACCGUUUCGAAUCAGUCGCCGAAACCCGACGACACGGAAUCGGUGCUGGUGGGUCGACAAAACGAUUUGGGACCAAUCGAAGGCGAUAGUACGCACGCAAACGUUGCCGAGCCUAUUGAAGAGGAGUAUCGUGGUACGACCAACUCCGAAACCACUGUUACAGAACCGCAGCAACCAAUCGCGAACAACCUUCUCACCGUCCCGUCAGAUCGUCGUCUGCGAUCUGACGAGGAUCCGGUCGUAGCGGAUAUCAUGGCGUCGCGGCGUCGUAACGAGAUGCAAUAUCCCGAGUCGUCCGGAAGACGUGCGGUUGCGGGUGAGGUGGAAAGGAAUCAACGCGCGGUCGGUCCACUCGAAAACGGACGAACCGUGCAAUCGAACAGACCACAAAUGGAUGCCAACAAGCGCAACAUGCCCAACAGACUCGACGACAAUAUUAGCCGCAAACGAGACGACGACAACAUGGUCCGUAAAAGAGAUGACGACCAUAUUAACCGCAGAAGAGACAACGACCGGGAUGCCGAUCUUCGUCAACCCGGACACCUGCAACGUCAGGUACAUGGUUCGUCGUCGGGCACGACGCCUGCCCAGCACUCGAACACGACGGCCGGGCCUAGGAACGCAGUGAAUGACCAACAGCAACCCGGCUACGAACCGUUCGAAAAGCGGACGAACGGACUUCAAGACGGCGGCAGACGUUAUGUCCGCGAGUGGAAUGUAACGAACGACUGUCGGGGAUGCGCCAACGUAAACGUGAAAAAAAACGUGGCGGAGAGGUCAGAAGUAUGUGGCUCUGACGGCCACGACCACAACGGUGGACAAUCGAACGACGUCGGGAAGAAACGGCAUUCGGUUUCAAAACGGAGAUUGGAGUCUGUGGCCGAGGCGACGGAAACUUCGAAGCAGCAGCAGCAGCAGCCUCAACAGGAGUCCAACUACGUGGGUGGAUGUCUGUUCAGCGACUCGUUCAAUCGCAACAAGAAACCUUCGCAAAGGUACGGAGAACGCGCCGAGUACGGUUACGGAUACUACGACARCGAUUCGAAAAAAGUGAACUUCUCGUCGAAACCCGACAGCCGGUACGAUUACUAUCGCAGCGAGCACGUGCCCAAAACUGGCGGUCACAGCCCCAGGGAUGAGGAUUGCACAGUGUUUGCGGAUUGCGAUUCCCAUCACGGAUCAACGGCGCAGCUUCCUUACUAUUCGCACCUGGACAGCAAACGUACGUACGGCGGUGAAAGCGACAGGAAAUGUACCACAGACAUCACCGACGAUUACGACGAUGACGACGACGACGACGACGACGACGAGAGUCUCACCGACAGCCUGGAAGACGGGUCCAAGUACGAGGGAUCGGCCGUGUCGUAUUUCUUGGCGCUUGACGGCCAAAAGUCUGCGGUGACGUUCACUCUGAAGAUGCCCGGCACWCUGGAGAGCCGACUUAACCGGCGCCAGAGUCUGCUCAAGAAGCACCUGCACGUGUCAACGACGGUCCGAAAGUCGGCGGCGGCAGUACGGGUUCGGACCCGACACAAGGGGUGUCAGACGCUGUGGACCGUCGAGAAGGGGGUUCAAGUGCAGCGGGGUUCCACGGCCAACAUGGACGACCGCAAGGCGCUGGAGACGCUGCUGGCUGGGUUGGGGCGCAGCCACGUGUCCGACAACCAGAUUCGGUUGGUCGGUGGCCGGAAGAUGGUGUCAGAGGGCAACCAGACGGAACAACCGCCCGCGGACCGGCACACCCAGACUACUAGGGACGUGGCCGCGGGACGGGAAACGCCCGAAUGCUGCGCGGUGGCCGGGAGACAGGGCAAGAAUCAGGUGCAUGCGAUGAAAAAAUUUUCCUCUGACAACGCUUUGAUGGUGGGCGUGGUCAGGCAGAACAAGUACUGCAAGGGAAAAGAAGCUUUGGACGGUGCCAAAAACGAUAAAUUGCUCACGCUGUCCAAAGGUUGGAUCAACUUUUACACGCUCAGGGCUGACAGUGCGGACGCGGAAGCACAAGUAGAAUUUAAUGAUAACGACGAUGAGGUGAAAGCCGAAGAUGACAGCCAACAAUACACUGUACACGUGCAAGCCAUCCCCGAACCUGCCGUGACAUUGCCCGUGGUGCACGUUCCUCAUCGCAAUAAUACUCAUCUGCAAUUGCCGAAGACGUGUGGUACUGCAGCUAAACAUUUACCGAAACUUGUGCAAACGGAGACCAAUAACAAUCAUCGUUKUCCGUCGCAUUUAGCAACAGAAAAUGGUUGGUGUGUAAGUGUGGAUGGUCCGAACAACAUGCACAUGAAGGUUUCAUUACUACCAGAUAAGGCAGGCAUAAAAACAUCGGAACAUUUUGAGCCAAAUGACGAAAAUAAACUAGAUGCCAGGAGAUUAGCUUUACAAAGGAAGACCAACUACAUUCGCAAACCUUAUAGAAAUAUGAAAAGAACACAAUCAACGCCUAGGGACAUGUUCUCUGCAGAUGUUUCACGAACAGAGUCUGCCUUGUCAGCCGAAAGCAAAUAUAUUGAGACAAUUGACACGCAACUACUAAUCCACAAGGCUCGAAGGCGCUUAAGUCAAGAAUGGGACACAAGAAAUCAAAAUAGAGGUUUAACUGAAUCAGUUCAAUUAGUCGUUACAGGAGAUUCGGUUUCCAGUAGAACAUCUCAACAUUAUGCGACUAGAGGACAUCAGCAUUGCUCAUUCAGACGACAAUCAAGAAGAAUUUAAUACAUUUUUUAUAAAUUAUUUAUAAUAAUAAUUACUAUUUUAUACAUGUAGGUGAAUUAGUUACUAACUAGAAAAACUUAUAAUUAUU